AUGAUGGCAGGUUUCCCCAAGUAUGGUGUAAGGCCAGGCUUUGUUCCUGGAGGAUGUGGACAUAGUCCCAAUGGUCUUGCCCCGAACUUUUGUGCCGGCUGCGGUGGUUGCGGUGCUUGUGGCUGCGGCGGUUGCAAUGGCUGCGGCGGUUGCAGUGGCUGCAGCGGUUGCGGCAGUUGCGGCGGUUGCGGUGCUUGUGGCUGCAGUGGCUGUGGUGCUUGCGGUGGAUGUGGCUGUUGCGGUGGCUGCACGUGUGGUUCUAUUGGCGGCUAUGGAUUGCCGCAGAGCCAAAGCUGCGGUAGCUGUUGUGGCUGCAAUGGAAAUGCGCAGAUGCCACCACUGCCACCAGCCUUUGGCAAUUUCGGCCAUAUGCCUUGUGUUGGGAUAGUGCCGCCAGCGCCGCCGCCGCCAGCGCUGCCGCCCCCAGCGCCGAAAUCACUUGCACCAGUUGCACCACCUGCGCCAGCUGCGGGUUGUUGUGGAUCUGCGGUCUUUAUGCAACAGAUGGAAAUGCUACAAAAGAUGCUGCAGGAAACUCAGGAGAAGAGCUUCAACGUGAGCUCCCCGGAGCCUUUGGAUGUCAUGCAACAGUUGGCACAACAAGCACAGUUGCAACUUCAGCAGGAGCAGGUUCCUUCGCAAAGAAAGGAGGAACCUUUGCCAACGCCCAUGGUGAAGGCCCAAGCACCUGAUCCACCCAACCUUGAGCCUCAACCUCCGCCACCAGUGGAAGCACCACCGCCUGUGAGUCAAGCUCGAAGUCGCAGCCGCGAUGGUCCGGCAGGUCGAAAAAAGAGCAGCAGCAGCAGCAGCAGUCCCAGCCGAAAGCGGAGCCCCAGCCGAAGGCGGAGAAGUCGCAGGAGAAGUCGCAGCCGGCGCGAUAGUCGCCGUCGCAGCCCGUCCCGGCGGCGAGACAGCCGCGCGCGACGGAGCCGCUCUGGGCGGAGGUUCUCCCAGCGCAGUCGGUCGAGAAGGAGCCGCUCCAAUCGAUAUCGCAGACCAGAGCGGCCAAGAUCACCACCACGCCGAGGAGACCGAGCUCCUCGCUUUAACGACAUGACCACAGCUCGACGCGAGGAGUGUGGCGACUUCAAAAGAGGCAAGUGCACCCGCGGGGAUCGCUGCCGUUUCGCUCAUGUGGACGGUGGAGGCGGCAAAGGUAGCGGCGGUAGCGGUGGCGCCGCUGCCCGGCCAGAGCUGCGCGGUGCCGAGAACGGCGAACGGCCGGGAGAUUGGAAGUGUCCCAAUUGCGCUGUCAUGGUCUUCGCCUCCAAGAAUGAGUGCUUCAAGUGCCACACCAGAAAAGAUGGGACCAAGGGCACUGGCAUGGAAGGAAGUGGACCGCCGCCUGAGAAGUAUUCAGAGGCUUUAUGGGAGAAACCGCGCCAGCAAAUCGGCCUUAAACUGGUGGGUGAGCUCAGUAACUCAGCCUGGCAGUACGUCUUGUCAGACGAGAGCCGACGAUGCUUCGCUGCCUACUUGUCGUGUCCGUUUUCUCAGGAGCAGACCAAGCAGUAUUUCAAUGUCAUCAAGGAUGGGACUGACUGGAAACAGCCCGAGGGCCCCAAUGGUCCCAUUCCACGGAAGACGGCCUGGAUGGUUGCUUCGAAUGGAUGUCAGUGUACUUAUCGAUAUGGCAGGAGCCGGGUUUUCACUGACCGAUCUGAGAUAAUGAAUGAUAAUGAAAAGGGCUAA